GCGUAAUGGGUAACAAUGGUUUAGUCCAAGUUUGAAACAUUGGUGUUUUGAACUGGAGGUUUUUAAACUCCGGAAAGAAACACUGUAGCGUUUCUAACAUACUACUCACCUCUAAAACCUAUACUAUAUUCAUUCAAAUAACAGCAACAGACUGCUUCUGAAAUGCCAAAUCAGAGAGAGGGGGCCACUGAUGAUUCCCCUGCUGACCUUCCCUGUCUGGAAAAACUUGACUCUCCAACAGGGAGCCCACCCACUGCCUCAUUAUCCAGUCUAAUGGAGCUGGAAAAUUGUGUUUCCAACCUGAGUCUUGCACAUGAGAUAGUGGUGAACAGAGACUUCUGCUUCAAACCCCGAAAUCCUUCUACAGACAGCCUGGAGGGUAGAGUGACAGAAAUCGUUCACCGGGCCUUUUGGGACAGUCUUCAGGAGCAGCUGAACAGCGAUCCUCCAAACUACAGCCAUGCUGUCCUUCUGCUGCAGGAAGUCAAAACUAUGCUUCAGUCCCUGCUCUUGCCCGCUCACGUCAGACUGAGGUCUCAGCUUGACGAGGUGCUGGAUAUGGAUCUGAUCAGGCAGGAGGUCGACCACGGGGCUCUGGACCUCCACCGACUGGCGGAAUUUGUUAUCAACACCAUGGCAUCUUUAUGUGCUCCGGUGCGCGACCCAGAAGUCAGAGCACUGCGGGAUCUCAAGGAACCUGUGGAGCUCCUGAGGGAGAUCUUCCGUGUCUUGGGUCUCAUGAAGACCGACAUGGUUAACUUCACCAUUCAAAGCCUGAGGCCUCAUCUCAUGCAGCAGGCCAUACAGUACGAGCGGGCGAAAUUCCAGCAGAUCCUGGACAAGCAGCCAGAUUCUUUGGACAAUACCACCGCUUGGCUUCAGGCAGCAGCGUCUGAGGUGGUGUCGGCGUGUGAGGCGCAGUCUGAUUCUCCCGGUCCUGACAGCCGCGGUCCUCUCAGCCCCACCGCUGUCCUCAACCGGGCCUACAUACGUCUUCUCCACUGGGACCCACAGGACCAGAAAUAUCCUGAGACCAUCCUGAUGGAUCGGGCCCGCCUGGAUGCUCUUGGUCAGCGGCUCCAGAUGUUGGUCCUGGAGGCGUCGGUGCUGCUCUUGACUAACGCUCAGUGCGGCCGUGUCGUUUUCUCCCUGCAGGGGUUUGUAGGUAAACUCAGGCAGUCCAUCACUGCCCUGCUGGAGGGCAGUCACACCAGGGAAGCUGACCUGAAGGGGGCCUUGUUGGGGAUUGGGGAGAUAGUAUUGCAGCAGAUGUCCGACGCUCUGGCUACUCAGGGAGGAGCAGCACUGCCGCAGGAGAGCCAGGAUCUGCUGAAAGGACAAAUAUCUGAGCUAUGGAAACAGAACAACCCAGUCUGCGUGCUUAUAGGAGAAAGGGUACAGGGUUUCCUCCAGGACAUGCUGCGGGGCGGCCCUGCUAAAAGGAGUCCAGAGCUGCCUGCUCCCCUCGGGCUGCUGAGUGCUGAGCUACUUGAGCUGGGGACGGCCUUCGGGCGAAUCGUCCACUUCAACCAAACAGUCUUUGGUCCCUUCUAUGCGCCCAUCCUCAGGAAACUGCUGUUCCAGCCAGGAGGUGCCGAGGCUGGGGAGGACUCACGCUAAACUGAGGCUGACCCUUUCAGUUUGUAGCUACACUCUUGAGCAAUUUAAAGAAAGAAAGGCACAGAACCAAAAUCCUGUGUUGCCUUAUACAUAUUUACUGCCUUUAGAGAAAAAAAAAAAAAAAACACGUGCAAGAAAUUAUGUAAUUCUGACCCAGGUGAAAGCUAUAAUUAUUAUAUUUAGCCAUUUUAAGACGCUGAAUGUGAAUGAUUUUAGAAAUCAGUGCACCAAAGAACAUAUGCUAAGUCUGUAAAUAACACUUAAGCUUUAAUAUGUAGCUCUUCAUGUUGAAAAAUGUUUAUGAGUAACUUACCAAAGACAGCAUGCACUUUUUCAUUAUUUUUAUUAUUAUUAUUUUUUCUUCUUGAAUCAAAAAUAUACUUGUGUUUCUUUCAGUCGUUGACAUUGGAGGGGGUGUGUACUACUAAACAAAUACCAAAGUGAUAUAUUUUUUCCACCAGCCAUUCAAAGACAUGAAAACACGUGUGCUUGAAAGAAAUCAUCGUUCAACUUGUUACAUUUUAAGCAAUAUUUCAGAAAAACUGUUACAGGAUACACGUACAAUGGAAUAAGUUAAAUCCUAAAGGGGUCUUAUUUUUAAAUCUGUAUUUUUUUUUCUUUUUUAAAAAUACUAAUAAGGUUUUUAGUAUUUUUUCCCCCAUUACAUGUUAUUGUAGUGAAGCUUACAAGAGUCCUGUUUUAAAUGUAUGUACACGCUAACUUUUCAAAUGUUUGGAGUGACUGUGCUAUAGCUGACUGCCAACAAGGAAAGGAAGUGUUCAGAAACCUAUUUGUGCCUUUUUAUUUGCUUCUGGCACUAUUUUUGUAACACAUUAACAAACUGUAUAAAAAAGAUGGACAUAGCCAUGGGGUCUAUAAAGUGAAGCCAGUGCAUAAACGCCUUAAACCUAGAUUCUUUAUAAUGGCCAGCAGGGGCCAAUUCUGGAAGCAGCCAAAAACUGUGUACAAGUGAGAAAAACUGCAGUUCCUUCAGUGACCACUUGUGUCUCCAUUGACUCUCAUGUUUAAUCCACAAGCUUGGUACAAAAACAGAUUUGGUCACAACUAUACAGGGUUUUUUUUCUUCGCACAUACAGUAAAUAAUAAUUAUAAAUGCAGAAGCAGACAGUUGGUGAUUUCAUUGGUCGCUACCUUACUGAUGCACCCAAUUGUGAUGAUACGAUACCUGGUAACUUGUAUUUCUUUCUUAGGAAAAGACUUAUUAUACUUUCAAACAUACUUUUCAUAAAUAAAAUGUUAUCCAUCUAAUUUA